GGGCGCAGGGCAGCGCCGAGGAGCGCACGAGCUCAUCCGUGGAGAAAACACCUGUUACUGGCGGAGUAAGCGGAUAAAGAGAAGUGCGUCGUUUUCCACAGUGAUAUACACCUGACUGCACUUAGUCCACAUACCCACACAUCCCACUGUCUGGUGGGACCAUGUGGGUUCUGGAUAAGAUCCGUGGGUCGGUGGAGACCGGUGUGCUGCGACAGGGAGAGAAUGGAGACAAGAAAGGCGUAGCCCCAGCCUACAGCAACGUCCUCACCCCCGACAAGAUCCCAGACUUUUUCAUUCCGCCGAAGCUGGUCAGCUGCCCCCCAGAGCCCGAGGUUCCCAACUUGAAGCCCAAAGAGGGGCUGCAACCAUCCACGUCAGAGCAAACCAUCGGCAGUGGUAAGAAAAUCAGUAGCCCGAGAAGUCCACGUCUGGUGGCCAAGAUUGCAGGAGACACCAAGAACUUGCUAAGAGCAGCAAACCGCCACAUCAUACAGAUAGAGAGUGCUGAUGAUGUUGUGGCUGGAGAUACCAAUGCAGACCCCCAGUCGCAGACAGCUAUGUCCUUGCCUUAUGUUCCCAAGACUCAGACAUCUUAUGGCUUUGCAACCUUAAAGGAAAGCCCCCACACUCGCCGAAAAGAGUCGCUGUUCCACUGCGAACUUACCAGUCCCAUCACCUCCCCUAACACCCAGAGGAAGACCACGGGGAAAAGCAGCGAAGCUGGAAACCAUCUGAAUCCAGCUGACUUCAACACCUCUCACAUGAACCCUUAUCGAUACUUCAGCGGUGGAGAAAGUGACACCUGCUCCUCAGCGGAGUCCUCUCCCUUCAGCUCUCCUCUGCUCUCCCGCUCUGCAUCUCUGCUCAAGAUCUUCACCCAUGAGACGCAGGCCAAAGUCGUGAAAGCCAAGCGGACAUUCGCUCGCCACAGCUCCCUCUCCACCGACGAGUGCAGCUCAGCCGAGCCAAGCCCCAACAUCCAGCGACGGCUCCAUGUCCCCUCCUUCCACAGCGGUGCUGGAGCGUCCGACCAUGGCCUCCAUCGAGAGCACACCAUCAACCUGCACAAAGGCGGUACGGUGAGAAUCAGUGCCAACUACGACUCCAGCACCUCCCGCUUGUUGAUCCGCGUCCUGGCGGCAGAGAGUCUUUAUGACAAGCACUUUGACAUCAAGAGCAUCAACUGCUGCGUGUCCAUCUAUCUGAACCCAGGCAAGCUGCAGAAGCAAAGGAGCAACAUCAUCAAGAACAGCCGCAACCCAGUCUUCAAUGAGGACUUCUUCUUUGACUCAAUAAGCUCAGUUCAGGUGAAGAACCUGUCGGUGAAGUUCAAGGUGGUGAACAAAGGCACCAGCCUCAAGAGAGACACUCUGCUGGGAGAGCGUGAGGUGCCGUUAACGAAGCUGCUCACAGGGCUUUAAAGCCACAGGACACGGAGGUUAAAGGAGGCAAAAACCAAGGAUACUGAUUGAAACUUAAAUUAGAUGUUUGCACUUGAUUCUAUACAAUCUUUUUAUUCCGAUAGAUUACAUCAGUGAAAAUAAAGACAAUAAAGGGACAGGAAAAAUGACCACCAGUCAGCCACCACCAGUCCCAAGAAAAUGAGUCUCUUGAUGUAGGUGGCCAGAUGAAGGAUUUAUGGUGGUUGAGGUCUGCCUGGUUCCUUCUCCCAGUAAUGAAUGCUCAUUAAACCAAGCUCGGCUUGACAGCAACAGAUGAAUUUGAAAGAUGAAAGGUUUUUCUUUUUUUUCUGGACAAGUCUCCCAGCCAACUUCAUCUGCCGGGUGUGGUUCAAAGGUUGGACGACACCUGUGCGUCAGCCUGUCACGGGGCCCUUGCCUGCACUGUGUUUGUCACAUGUGGCAUGGUUUUAUUAUUGUAAUGUGACAUAAAUCCACAGAAGCACAGGAUGGGAUUCUACAUUAGCCACGCACCGUGUGUUUAGCACAAACAUGCCUUUGUGAAUCAUCGCGAGCUUUGAAGUGGCACUACAUCCUGAUGUGCAAAUGACCCUUUGAUCCCAGUUGCCAUGGCCCACCUCCUACAGGGGAGGGCGAGGACAAACAGAGCAGUCACGAUAGUCACAUUUACAUACACAUCAAAAAUACAAUUAUAAUGCGACUAAUAAUGCAAGUAAGACUAAAGCCUCUGAUUGCCAUAAUCUGAUUCUGUUAUUGUACUUAUAAAGUAAAGUCAAAUGUCAUACAAGCGCUGCAAAAAAGUUUUGUCUUAAAUUAAAGGUGCUCUGUGGAGUUUUCUCGUAAGCAAACAAGAAUUAUAUCAUCACCAAAUCACACUGUGUGGAUCCUUGAGGUCUCACAAAUAUGUGAGAAAAUAUCAUUUGCUUCUCUAUGACGUAAUUUUUAAGAAGUAUUUUAAAUCCUGUAAUGUUUACAUUGGUGUCUACUUACAUGCGUCCAUCCGUCAUUCAGCAGAACAGAAGGAAACCAGCACCAGGAUAUGAACAAAAUGGGAGUUAAAAAAAAACUUUGCUCCACAGCACUACUAGGGGCCAAAAACUCCAUGGGGCACCUUUAAAAUAUUCUUUCGCCACUUGCACAUUUCUUUACAUAAAACAGAGAAGAACUCAAUUAGAGACAGAAAUUAUCUAAUAAGAUGUGAUUUUUUUUUUUUUUGUGGGGUAUAUGGACUUUAAUGUCUGCAAUAGCCAGCAGCUAUGUCUUUAACUGCAUGAAACCCAGUUCAAUUUAUAGUUAAUAAAUGUGGAGGAAGGACAAAAAAAUGUUUGCAGGGUAUGUGAGAAAGUUCCUUCACAUAUUUUACGCAUAUAUAUUUCUUUGGUUGAUGAAAUCCCUUCAGCCUUAUGAAGGGUCUGUGUGGACUUUCCAGAUGCAGCCUGUCAAGCAUGCCUCAUCCAGUGUGGGCAGUUUGAUUAAAUCUUGUGCAACUAGGCAACAGGCUCUCGCCAAAUAGGUGCGCCAACAUCUUCACUCUGCAUUCAGACCGGCUGGCAUCACCCCAGGGUUGUUGCAGAGAUUCUCAGAACCAAGAAUACGGGAGCAUAGAGGAUUUCAAUUUUGCAGUCGGUCACACAGCCACAUGAAAGAUUUUAGGGACAUUU